AUGGUCGACAUUAUAAAGUUUCAGCCAUCUGUUUCGCAUCAUUUUCCUGCAAAUAAUCAAAGCCUACGAAAUAAAUUAAAUUCUCAACAAUUGAAUUUACCAAUUUUUCUCUCAAGUGAUUACACUUUUACUGAAGCAGAACAUAUAAAAAAAAUUGAUACAAAACGAUGGAUUAAUUAUUGUGGUCAUAAUUCGUCUCGUUUACUUGAUGCUUCAAAUUUACCGUAUAGUGUACAUCGAAAAGUUAUGUAUCAACAAUUAUCUCGACAAUGUACAACAACAGUUCGUAUCCAUGGAUCAUUGAAAACUAAACAACAACGCAAUGCAAGUAAAGAUACAACAAUAGGAAAUGGAGGAACAAAUACUACAUCUCAACCAUCAUUCUGUAAUAGUGAUAUACAAAGCUCUCAUGUAUUCAAAACACUUUCAAAAUAUAUUACAAUUAAACCAGAACCUCUUCGUCCAUCAAAUAGUUUCACAAGAAGUUCAACAAGUACAUCAACUUCUUGGCAAAGAUAUUGGACAUCAACACAUGCACAAAGACGACGACAAGAAACCAUUGAUUCGGAUACUGAUUUAAGUCGCCCAAAAUGUAAACAAUCAAUUCCUGGUCAAACACAUUUUGUUGUUCUUCGUGAUUCACCAUCUUUAGAUGAUGGACAUCAAACUAGCAAUGAAAUAUCAUCAACAUUACUAAGUAGUUGUAGUCUAACUAAAGUAUCCACAACAGCUAUAGUUGAUAAAAAAAUAUUCUCAAACGAAGAAGAUGAUAUUAGCACAUUAACAAAUCAAAUUUCUUCAAUAGAAUUUGUUAGAUCAUCAUUAAUUCCAUCAUCAAUUCAAAUAAAUUCUUCUACAAAUCUAUCAAAACCAACAGCAAAUAUCCCAUUAGCAUCAACAGAUAAAGAUGAUGAAAAAAAUCUUCGAAAAAAAUCUUUAUCAUCAUCAUCAUCAUCAUCAUCAUCGACAUCAUCAUCAGGAUUACAUUUUAAAAGUGUGAGUCAAAUUAUUGCAGAAAUAUCUGAUGCACAAAAACCAAUAAAACCAAUAGAAACAAAAGUUUUAAAACUUUCAUCACGAGAAGAAAAGCCACUACUUAGAAAACGUUCAUUAAGAAGACGAAGAUCACGAUCAAAAUCAUCAGAAAAAAGACUAGUAAGAACACCAUCAGCAUCAAAACGAAAACGUCAAAUAUUACCAUGUCAACAUUUAUCUAAUAAAUCUAAACCAUCGACAUUAUCAACAAUACUGACAACAACAUCAAGAUCAAAAUAUUCAGGAAAAAAAUGGGAUGAGCCUUAUAUUGGCCUUCGUUUUGAUCCACCGACACCACCAUGUUCACCAUCAUUAUAUAUUUGGCCUUAUGAUAGUGAUGAAGAAGAUAAUCAGACAUCACUUGAAAAAUCAGAAAUAUUUGAACAUAAUUCAACUACUAAAGUUUUAAAAAGGUGUGAAUUUUGA